UCCUGCUGCUGUGCUUUCAGGUACAGAUGUUUGCUGCCGAGGAGAAUGUAGAUUUUCGGAUACACGUGGAGAACCAGACGCGAGCGAGGGACGACGUGAGCAGGAAGCAGCUUCGGCUCUAUCAGCUCUACAGCAGGACAAGUGGGAAACACAUCCAAGUGCUCGGCAGGAGGAUCAGUGCCAAAGGAGAAGAUGGAGAUAAAUAUGCCCAGCUUCUAGUGGAAACAGACACUUUUGGCAGUCAAGUCCGGAUCAAAGGGAAGGAGACAGACUUCUACCUUUGCAUGAACAGGAAAGGCAAGCUAGUGGGGAAGCCUGAUGGCACCAGCAAGGAGUGUGUCUUCAUCGAAAAAGUCCUAGAAAACAACUAUACGGCACUGAUGUCAGCGAAAUAUUCAGGCUGGUAUGUUGGAUUCACCAAAAAAGGGAGGCCACGAAAAGGGCCCAAGACCCGGGAAAACCAGCAAGAUGUACAUUUUAUGAAGAGGUACCCAAAGGGGCAAGUGGAGAUACAGAAACCUUUCAAGUACACAACAGUCACCAAGAGGACUAAGAGAAUACGACCCACCAACCCCAGUUAA